AUGAAUGCGACGUUUGCAAGAAAGGUUUUACAACCUAGAACAGCCUGGCAACACAUAAACGAACACACACUGGAUAUAAGCCUUAUUAAUGCAAUAUUUGCAAGACCAGAUUUUAACAAUCGAGCAGUGUUCGUAGACAUACACGAACACGUACUGUGAACAAUGCUUGUGAGUACGAUGCUUGCAACAAAGAUUCUUCUGGAUCGAGUGACUUGGUUGUGCAUAAGCGGGAACAAGAUGAAGAUGAACAUGUCGAAUCUGGAGGUCAAGACAAAAUAUUUCCAGUGUCAAGUGCUUCAAUGGUGUGUGACACAACAGUAAAUGAUGAAGAGUGUGAUGUCUCCAAUGAAGGUUACAUUGAUAGACAAUGUAUGGAUGAACACAAGUGUUACCAUAUAUCAGAUGCAUUGUGCAACACCUGUGGCAGAGAAAUCUUUGAAUCAAAGAGCAUGCAACAACCGUCUGCUGUGAAAUCCGAUGUGACAAGUAACAGUUGUGAUAAAUGA